AUGUCUAUAGCAUGGCAGAUAGGACGUUCAAUCGCUCUAUCUCGAGCCCUCAAACAGGACCCCAUCUCCUCACUCCUGUCUUCUGAAAAUGGCAUCUUAAUCUUCAGCGGAAAAAUAAUUUCAGUUACGAGGAUGGUGGGGGAGGGGUUCACACGUGGGAACGUCAUCCUGGAAUCUUUCUCAGAAGAAGCCUCAAAUUCGACAAAGAGGACUUUGGUGAUAGACUUUGAAAACGAGAACCUGAGUGCUAUUUUGAAAGGGAAAGAAGAAGAGGAUGAUGAAGUUUUGGCAAGUUGUCCGGACUUAAUCACUGUGAGUUUGCUGCGCUUUCCGAUUUUGCGGAUAAAGGGAGUGCUCAUGCUUGUGCUAGAUCCUUGAUAAGGCAAAUGGUGCACCACUUGGCAUAUCUGAUUACAAAUAUGGAUUGCGGGUUAAUGUAAUUGCGCUUCGAGCACCGCCUGUUUGGACGACGGAGAGGGGUUUGGAGAUGGGUGGGCCGAGGGCUUUUGGGUAAGUUCCUCCUUCUCCUUAUAGUGCGCUUUGCUGUUGGGUUUUUUCUCUCUGCGUUGGGGGGAAUCGCGGAAUCGUAUGGAAUAUCAUACGAUCGUUUCAACCUGGCUGAAUGGGCACCAUGUGGGAUAAAUUACUAACUCAAUUUAACAGACUUGAUUUUGAUUACAAGCCUGUCGUGGAUGCGGAUAUAGAAUACAUACCACCGAAGAGUGUUUGGGAUUUAUUCUCUGAGGAGUGAAUAUUUGGAUUAUGAUUUGGCUUUGUAAAGAUGUAUGUCUUAAUUCUGAGACUCACCAUCUGAUUUUUUAAAUGUUUCUUCUGUAUAUAUUUGAGGGCGAGGGCCAGUACAUAGUUUAGUUAGAAUCUCAAUAGUUAUUUCGA